AUGGAUAAUUUGGAAGGAAUGCUCAUGGUCCCCCCCGAACGGGGCCAGAUUCUUGGUAGAGCUGUUUGGAAGCAAUGGCCGAUAAACUCUAUUACAGACUGCCAGGUCCAGCAGAUCAACCAUCGAAAACAAGGACCUGUUCUUCCAACCCUCGUCAUCUCUAUCGCCGAUAAAGAGAAAAAGCGCCGUUCAAGUCGAGCCGCCGGUCUUAUAUCUUCGAGCAAAGAGGCUAACGCAACGACCCUCUGGUUUCGCACGCCUCCGGAUGAUCAUCAUCUAAGUUUACACGAGUGGGCGCGCAACAUUCUUUCUAGGAAGUCACCUAUGAGCCCAGACAGCCCCAUGUCGCCCCAAUUCUCAAAUCCGUUUGCGUCCAUGUCUCGUGAAACUUCCGAAUUCUUCUCCCGGCCUUCCAGUGGGAACCAAUCCGGCCGUUCGGAUCUACGAAGCCUGCAGCACAAAAGCUCUACCACUACUCAAUCUACAGCAACAACCACGACUACAACCAGAGAACGACCCCUAACUAUCAGCUCCGAAUCGCCUAGUCUACGAUCGAAGCGCAGUGACGUCUCUUCCCCUUCGAGCAACAACUUCCCAAUACAACAGAUGAACUUCCCUAUCCCGGGCCAGCAUUAUACUACGGUUCUUCCAACUGAUCUACCAUCUCCUGUCACAACUGCAGGGGAUUAUCAAGGGGAAUUUAUUGAAGGUUGGACAUCAGCACAAGGCCGAUCUUCGACAAUGAGCUCGCCAAUCCGAGGCCGGAGCAGUAUUGGCUCUCAGCCGCCACAUCCCUCUAUUGCCACAGUUGAAUCCAGCUCUCCGCCUGGACCACGUGAGACUAUUCUUGACAGAGCUUUCCAAAUGCGAUGCAUUCCUGGUUCAGAGCGGGAGGUACCUGGGGAGGAGAAGUUGAGCUCUCUGGCUCGUUUUGACGCAUUGAUGCGAGAGGCCGACGACAAGAUAAAACAGAGGGAAAGGGCUGAGCGGGCUCAACAAAUGGCAAUGCGGAGCGCUUUCGAGGCAUCUGAAAGUUCUAGCGAUGAAGACGACAGUGAUUCGGACGAUUCAGACGAAGACGCGUAUGGUGGCCUACCCGACCGGCGAGGACCAGCUUUGAUACCCUCAACAACGCAGCGGGCGCUCCAAUUCAUUGCUGACCGUGGUGGCCCAGCACCUCUGUCGCCAUCUGCCCGUUCCUCUGUGUCGAGAGCCCCCAUACUACAACAAUCGCCCCCAAUGCGCCCCCAUACAGCACAUGCUAAAACCAGACCGAGUCCCACACAGCGAACCAACAGCACACCUCAGUUGAUCGCCAACAUGGCCAGGCUAGAAGUCACAACAUCUGCCAAGGGGUUGGAUGAUUCCUCAGUCAGGUCGAGCGGAGAUAAACGCAUGUCCUCAUCGAGCACUGCCACCAAAAGACGAACCCUAGUGGGAGGAGUUCCUGGGGAAGCAGCGAGGUCAACCUCCAGCACGCGCCCCUUUCAUGUCGGUCACUAA